AACCACUCCAUCCGGGUCGCUUAGCUUUCCUAGUUGCUAACGAGAGGACGAGGGAGCUGUCCAUUCUUCGCCAAGCAAAAGUCAAGUGCUAGUGUGUGGAAAAUGAGUGCAGUUCAAACGCAUAGAGCGUUGGUGAAUCAGCGACUAACUGCGGCCGUUGAAGAAAUAUUUGCAGUGUUCGAGAGCACGAUAGCAGGGUACGAGGAGGAACUUACUCGGACAAAAGAGGAGAACGGGAGACAACGUCAAAUACUGGAAUCUGUUUUCAAACAGCCUCUAGUUGUGUUAUGCAGAGCAGAUGCUAGUAAAAAAUAUAUUCAGCACAUUAAUGAAGAGGAGGAAAAGCCAGAACCCCCCCACAUUAAAGAGGAAGAGGAGGAUUACAUUGCAUUGAAUUGCAUUAAAGAGGAGGAGAAACUAGAACCUCCCCCUCACAAUAAGGAGGAAGAGGAGGAUCACAGAAUCAGUCAGGAGGGAGAGCAUCUUGAAGGACUGGCGGAGUUCCCAGUGCUUGGUGUCCCUGUAAAGACGGAAAAUGAAGACAAAGGUGUACCUGAGGAGAAGAUAGAGGCGGAGCACAUGAAAAUAGAAGCUGAUGGAGACCACUGUGGAGGACCACAAGCAGACAACCUCUUAGCUUUACUAUCAGAUAGUGACGACCCGGCGUCACACUCUCCCGACACUGAUGAUGAAGACUCUCAAGCUGAUCAGACAUGUCACACUGACAACACACGCUUGAAAUGUGCUCAGUGUGAUCAGACUUUUGAGCACAAGAGAGCACACAGUGGAGAUGAACCAUACUUCUGCUCGAUGUGCGAUAAAAGAAACUUGGAGAAGGUACAAUUGACAGCACACACAGACAUAUACAAUAGAGACAAACCAUAUGCAUGUUCAGUGUGUGGUACAGGUUUUGUACAUAAAAGUAAAUUAAAAACACACAUGACAAUACACACUGGAGAAAAACCAUAUUCAUGUUCAAUCUGCAACAAAAGCUUUCGUUACCAAUCAAACCGUUCAAAACACAUGCGAAUGCACACUGGAGUGAAACCAUAUCCAUGUACAAUCUGCAACAAAAGCUUUCGUUACCAAUCAAACCUUGCAAGCCACAUGCGAAUACAUACUGGAGAGAGACCAUAUUCAUGUUCAAUCUGCAGCAAAAGCUUUCGUUACCAAGCAAACCGUGCAAGCCACAUGCGAUUACACAGUGGUGAGAAACCAUAUACCUGUUCAGUGUGUGGUACAAGUUUUGUACAUAAAUGUCAAUUAAAAACACACAUGACAACACACACUGGAGAAAAACCAUAUUCAUGUUCAAUCUGCAACAAAAACUUCCGUUACCAAUCAAGCCGUGUGAACCACAUGCGAUUACACACUGGAGAAAAAAACCCAUAUUCAUGUUCAAUCUGCAACAAAAGCUUUAAUUACCAAUCAAACCAUGUAAACCACAUGCGAUUACACUGUGGUGAGAAACCACAUACCUGUUCAGUGUGUGGUGCUGGUUUUGCAUUCAAUAGUUUAUUAAAAGGACAUAUGAUUCGACACACUGGUGAGAAACCAUUUUCCUGUUCAGUGUGUGGUACAGGUUUUGCACAAAAAGCUCAUUUACAAAAACACAUAGCAAUACUCGCUGAGGGAAAACUAUGUUCAUUGUACAACCAAAGCUAUCUCAGCCAAGAAAAACUUGAGAACACACACGGGUGAGAAACCAUUUUCCUGUUCAUUGUAUGGUAAAAGAGUUACUUGAGAAUUACACACUGGAGAAAAACCAUAUGCAUGUUCAAUCUGAAACUCCAGCUUUUGAGAAGCAUCAGGCCGUGGAAAACACAUGAACACAUGAGGAUACACAAUGGUGAGAAACCAUGUGUAUGUUCAAUCUGCAACAAAAGCUUUCGUGACCCGUCAAGCCUUAAAAAACACAUGAAAAGCCACACUGGUGAGAAACCAUAUGCCUGUUCAGUUUGUGGUAGAUGUUUUGCACGAAAUGGUAAUCUAAAAGAACAUGAGAGAAAAAACAAAAGCUUUUCUGGACAAGUUGCAGUUGUAGAACACAUGAGAACUCACUGAUGAGAAAGUGUUGUGUUGCUGAUUCUGAAUUUUUAAUGCAAUAAAUAUGUUUUUCUUUUAAAGAUGUGUCAGUUCGUUUUAGUACAACUUGCAUCUGCAUCCCAUAAUAGUCACUUCCUCCAAGAAAAAAAUUAAACACGCAUGGGUGAGAAAGUGUUGAGGUGCAGUGUGUGUGAUGAAAGAUUCUCUUAUAAGCACCAGGUUGAUGUCUGGAUAAACUGAAGCUUCAUAAUCAUAAUAAUAUAAUAUCAUAAUAUAAAAUAAAAAUAGGCUUGAAUUACUGCAUAAAUAAAGUAG